UUUAUCAACUCAACCUAUGAUAAUUGUUGUUGAUAAAGUGCAAGUGCGAAUAUCGUCACGUAUCGGCCGCGCAAGUAAAGUACCGUUAUCCGGCCCAAUUUCUACAUUGACAAAAGUCGAUCUGAAAAAUCGUCGAUUUUAGUAUGUUUCGGUUAACGAAGUGGCUGUUUUUGUUUUCUUCGUUGUCCCUGGUGGUUCUGCAGAAUCCCCAACAGGGUUUGGUACCGCAAGAUGACAGACAAGGGCGUAACCUUUUAGACUGGAUAGGGCUCGGCACCGGUCCAGACCAGGAUCCAUAUUUAGCAAAGACGAACGCGCAAUGUUUAAAUGGAGAUUUGGCCUCGUGUUUCCAGAGCAGGGCCCUGGGAUCACUUGAUGACUUUUUUAAUCAGCCAUCUUAUACCCUAACUGAACGAGCGAGGGUGCUCAGACUACCAGAGCAGCAUUUAAGAUCUUUAGGACAAGAAAACUACGAGUAUUCGUCCGCACCGCGUUCCGAAGAUUCCGAAUGGGAUUCUCUAGUUAAAUUCGGAAUGAGAAAGGUCGAGAAAUUUUUAAAAUCCACCGCGAUAGAAGUGGAUUUCGAUAGCGAAGUGACUGAAAGGGGUCGUUACGCGCCCCGUUUUAUCGACGAAAUCGCCGACGAAAUUGACGUAAUUGAGGACAAAAAAGAUACGAUUUUUAAGCGGAAACAACUUAAGAAACUUUUUAUCCCGAUGCUGCUCAUUUUGAAACUGUUCAAGUUGAAGUUGCUGCUGUUUUUGCCGCUGAUUUUGGGCCUGGCCUCGUUCAAGAAGUUGCUGAGUUUCUUUGCUAUUUUAGUACCUGGUUUGAUUGCUUACUUUAAGUUUUGCAAGCCCAAUUUCCCUACUAAUUUUGGACCUACGCAGUUUGCCGGACCUCACUAUUCAUCAGCUGGAGUUGCUUAUGGUCAACAUUAUAGGGAACAACCGAGUUUCGCGCAACCCCAAGUGUACCAGGAAGAAUAUUCGCCCUCCCACGGGAACGGAUUCAGUUUUAGGGAUGAAAAUGCCGCCCAACAUUUAUCCUAUAACGGAUGGAACGGCCAAUUUAGGAAUUCCGGGAAAGAUAUUCAAGCCGAACCGGAAACGUCAUCAAAGAAGUCAAUUUUGCCUGAUUCCUAGAAGAUUAUUGUACUGUUAAUUUGUGAUAAAUGAGUGUGAGUGAGAAAGAAGAAGAACAAUAUUCAAAUACAUCUUCAUAUUUAAUAGCAGAAUCAAUAGUGUAAAAAGUGACAUUUAUUUAUUUUUAAGUAUCGUAUUUAUAGCAUAGUAUUUAUGAUAAGACAAUACUCUUUGUAAAUAUAAUUAAUUUUUUAUAA